UUCCAAUCCCCAUCAUUCAUUCACUCUCUACUCCGUAGUCACUCUCUAUUCUUCUACUCCACUGUGUACCGCCUUAACCUCCUGGGGUCCCUGGUUCCGUCUUUUGUCGCAUGGACAAGAAACAACGGCUCUGAUCAGCCAGCCCUAACUAAACUCCGCCCGUUCUUGCUUGCUUGCUUGUACAUACCCUAUUAAUUCUUUCUUUCCCUAGUGACUGUACCUUUCUCUCCCUCCUUCUACAAGUAUACAUAUAGCUUCGCGCUCCCUUCUGCCUUACGUCGUUCUUUUCUAAUCAUCAACCCUUUCCGUCCUACUUUCAACAACUCUUCCUCUCCCCUUGCCUGACACGUGCAAACAGUAUCUCGCCCCUGGGUAGAGAAUAGUAGCACAUAAUACAGGAUACCUUCCCUCACGCAAUUCCCAAUGGUUGAACAAAACACCAAGGAUAAUCUCCGUGCUCCCAGCAUGGCCGACAGUGAAAAGACUGCCACUCAAAGUGUCGAGCCAUCGGUGCUCGACACCAAGGUACCUGCAGAGAGCACGAUGCCUUCUGCUGCUGUCUCAGAGCGCGCACCAUCCGUUGAGCCUGACACCAAGCAACCGCAAGAGAAGGCUGAAAACAGCGAUGACGAGGACAAUUUCGAAUACCCCAAGGCAUGGAGAUUAACGGUUAUCUCUAUUGCUCUGUGUCUCUCAGUUUUCUGUAUGGCACUGGACAACACCAUUAUCGCAACCGCAAUCCCUCGAAUCACCGAUCAAUUCAAGACUCUGAAUGAUGUCGGUUGGUAUGGUUCCUCCUACCUCCUCACCACUUGCGCAACCCAAUUGAUCUACGGCAAAUUGUAUACCUUUUAUUCGAUCAAAUGGGUCUACAUUUCCGCACUGUUCAUCUUCGAGCUUGGUAGUUUGAUCUGCGGUGUUGCUCCCAACUCAACUGCUUUGAUUAUCGGACGUGCUAUUGCUGGUGUUGGUGCUGCUGGUAUCUUUUCUGGUGCUAUCCUCAUUAUCGCCUCCACCGUUCCUCUGCGACAGCGACCGACAUACAUGGGAAUGAUCGGUGGAAUGUACGGUAUUGCCUCCGUUGCUGGCCCUCUCAUGGGUGGUGCUUUCACCGACCACCUCACCUGGCGCUGGUGCUUCUAUAUCAACCUUCCUUUCGGUGCUGUUACCGCAGCCUUCAUCAUUCCCUUCUUCAACGUUACGCGCCGCGGCAAGAAGAGCGAUGCCACCUUCGUUCAGCAGCUCCAGAAACUCGAUCUUCACGGUACAGCUCUCUUCCUUCCCGCCAUUGUCUGCUUGCUUCUCGCACUCCAGUGGGGAGGUAGCAAGUACGAGUGGGGCAGUGGUCGCAUUAUCGCCCUUCUUGUCCUUUUCGGCGUCCUCAUCAUCGGCUUCAUCGUGGUCCAGUGGUGGAAGGGCGAAGAUGCCACAGUUCCCCCUCGUGUCUUCCUCAACCGCAACGUUUGGGGAUCUGCCUGGUUCGGUGCCAUGUUGGGAGCUGCUUUCUUCAUCCUCGUCUACUACCUCCCCAUCUGGUUCCAGGCCAUCAAGGGCGUUUCUGCCACCAAGUCUGGAAUUAUGAACCUUCCCGCCAUCCUUGGUCUUGUCAUCAUCUCCAUGUUGGCUGGUGGUGCUGUCACCGCUAUUGGUUACUACACUCCUUUCAUGCUUACUAGCUCUGUCCUCAUGGCUGUUGGCGCUGGCCUCCUCUCGACUUUCGAGACCAACACUGGCCACUCCAUGUGGAUCGGAUACCAGUUCAUCUUCGGUGCCGGUGUCGGUUUUGGCAUGCAGCAGACUCUAGUCUGUGUCCAGACCGUCCUCCCAGACGACGACAUUCCCAUUGGAACUGCCAUCAUGAUGUUCGCUCAGACCCUCGGUGGUGCUCUGUUCAUCUCCGUCGGCCAGAACGUUUUCACCAACCAACUCAUCAAGAACCUCAAGUCCGUCGUUCCAGACCUCAACCCUGCCAUCGUUCUCAGCGUCGGCGCCACUGAGCUCAAGAACGCCAUCCCCCAGCAGUACCUCAAGGGUGUGCUCCAAGCCUACAACCUUUCCCUCACCCAAACCUUCUACGUCUCCUGCGCUGCAGCAUCCUUGUCCAUCAUCGGCGCUGCAUUCGUCCAGUGGAAGAGCAUGAAGGGCAAGCAGAUCCAGAUGGCCGCCGCCUAAGUCUUCGAGUUCGAGAACGUUUCCACCCCACAUGAUACCCAACUUCACGAAUUUUGGAUCCGACAAAUCUUUUAUUAUUAUUGCAUCAGUCGAAUUCAGCAUGGCGUUUCUUCCUUUUUUCUUUUUUCCCUACAUCGUCAUUAAUUCCCUUUUGGACAACGGAUCGCCUAGAUCUACCAUAGAAAGUUUGUAAUAGACACACACACAUCCGGGCAAGGCAGCGCUGAUCGAGAAACGAUCAUUCGUACCCCCCGCCGAUUUCCCCCCUCCUGUUUUUUUCAGUUCGAUCUCUUUUACUAUAUAUACCUCAUAUAUUGGUUCUCGGCUUAGCACAGCACGGCAUAGCUAGAAUAUUGGUGGCAGUUGUCGUUGUGAAGGUCAUUUUGCGACUGACGCGACAGAAUGUACGAUCAGCUAGCGGUUUUAUCACGCUGGCGAUGAAGGAAGAAAUAAAAAGCAUAUUAAACACUUCC